CGAAGAUUCUUUACAAUUUAAUAAAACCUCAAGCGAAACUUCUAUUAGUUGCUUAAAUGAUGAUAUUGUUACUACAUAUUUGAUAGAUAAUAAUCAAUCAAAAAAAAGAAGAGGUUCCAGGAAAAGAAGCUGGAUAUGGGACCAUUUCAAGGACUUACCUACUAAACAUGGAUCUAAAGGCCAGUGUGAUGUGUUAAAAAAUGAUGGUACAAAAUAUAAUCAUAUUAUUGAAACUGAUGGCAGUACAGGAAAUUUUAGUUAUCAUUUUCAUAUUACACAUGGGAUUACAAAAUUUGGAAAACUAAUAUUAGAUAACUCCCAAGUAUCAAUUGAUGAUAUGUUUCAUCAAUGA